AGAGAACAGAUUUUGCACAGGUGGAAAACUGAUAGCUUGGUCCGUAACGAUUAUGAAAAUGUACCAUAGAACUUCCAUAAUAUCCAUAGUUUUAACAAUGGUAUUGGUAGUAAGACCAUGGUAUCCAUAGGUAAGAAAAUGUAAAAAAUGCCUAGUCUUCCCUACAUUAUUUGCAUUCCUCAUCGCACUGAAAUAAUUUAGAACGAAAGAGAAGUGAAGAGAAGAGCAGUGAAUUGGUCUAAAGACAUUCUGGUUUUUAUAGCUUGUUUUCCACUCAUGUCUGUGCUUGUCUUUUGUGUCUCAGAGCUUAUUUAUUUUGAUGGAACGAAGAAACUGAGCCUUGAAUAGCUUUGACAUCUAGACGUAUAUUGAUUGUAUUAAUGGUCGACAACGCACAUCCACUGAGUAGCAACCAAUCAGUUAUGAGCAUUCUGGAUAAAUCAACGGUCAUCUCGGCCUUAAAACCAACCCACUCGCGCAACGGCAGCACAGGAUCUUCACGCCAUUCUCGACAGAACUCCAGAGAUUGGGAGGUAAUAUCAGAUCCAGAAUCUGUAUCCAUUGCAGGAAAUAACAGUGUUCCUGGCAUUUGUGAGGGAUUCCUCAUGAAAAAACGCAAGUAUCCUCUUCAGGGCUGGCAUAAGAGAUAUUUUGUAUUGGAUAAAGGAGUUCUCCAAUACUCUAAAAGUCAGCAAGAUAUCGUCAGAGGCAAGAUCCAUGGCACUCUAGAUGUGAGUCUUGCUGUCAUGUCUGUAAAUAAGAAAUCUAAACGCAUCGAUCUUGAUGCAGGAGACAACUUAUACCAUGUGAAGGCAAAGAGUGAUGACAUCUUCUACAUCUGGCUGACUAAACUAACUGCUCAUCGGCUCUUCAAGAAGAAUGAGGCCAUAAAUGUUCAUCAGGGUGUUUUACAAGCACUCUCAACAGGAAACAGCAGCAUUUUACCAGCCAUGGCGAGUCUUGCAAAGAGAAACCGAGUGAUGAUUCCACACUCUCAGAGCUCAGCAUCACUGUUCAUGUCAGAGACACAAGGUUCACCAUCAGCCUCUUCAUCUCAAGUGAACAGUAAAGUUUCUGAUUGGCUCAAGCAGACGCAGGAGGCCGCCAUGUGUCAACAAGAACUGGGCCGAUGUCAGCUCGAUUUGGCCGAACUCUCACAUUUAAUCCAGAGACUUCACCGUCAUGAGGGCGGUCUUCACUUCACAGACACUGACCUGGAGCACCACAUAAGUAUGCAGAAUCUUAGUCUUGAGAAGCCCAAAAAGAAGUCUGGAAAGAUCUGGGGGCACUCACGAACAUUGUCACGAAUCGAAUCUCUUGGUGUUCAGUUUUCCUCUAGUCAUUUGGAAACACUGUCUGGUCUGGCCUCUUCCCUUCAGUCCAUUCCAGAUUACGUUUAUUCCCAGCUAUCCUCACCGGAGGGGAAGAAACUGCAACUGGACAUCUGUGCUAUGUGUGAAAGAGUUCAUGCAUCUCUAAAGUCAAUCCAUGAAUCCCUCACUGUGGAGCAUGAGCGAGUCAGACAGGCUUGGACGGGACCAGACCUUCGGCAGUCCACAUCACAUCAGCUGGCUACUCUGUGCACAACCCUCUCAGAGCUUGAGAUGCAGUCGCGUUUAACGAGAGUUCACUCUGUGUCACUGUCAUCUGAAUCCUCAGAUGAGUCUUACCGCACGGUGUGUCAGGAUCAGCCCACCCCCUCUCGGGACCAUAAGAUGUACCGCACACCAUCAGUGACUGACUCCACAGCUGAGUAUUUUGACGCCAGUGAGGUGGUUUGUGAGAGUUUGUCUGAAAAUGAGAUGUCUGAUGAAUCCGGCCUGAGUGACGUCGCCACAAGCAACUCUGAACCUGAGGAAGGCCACGUCAGAGCAACUAUGAAGUACAGAGCCAGUGUAUGUAGUGCCCCAGAUUUGCCCCCUACCACUCAGAAGGACAUGGGGAGACGCACAGUGCUUCCUGCACACAGCACUGACAACAGCCAUAUCGGCAUACUCGCCAUCCUCUACAACAACAUUGGAAAGGAUUUGUCGCGCGUCUCCAUGCCUGUCGCCCUCAACGAGCCACUCAAUUUUCUGCAGCGUGUCAGUGAAGAGCUGGAAUAUUCUGAACUGUUGGAUAUCGCCAACCACACCGAUGACCCCUACCAAAGAAUGGUUUAUGUGGCUGCGUUCUCUAUCUCGGGCUAUGCCUGGGCCAGCUGGCGUAAUCGGUACAAACCCUUUAACCCUGUACUAGGAGAAACAUAUGAGAGUGUGCGUGAGGACCGUGGUUUCCAAUAUGUUGCAGAACAGGUCAGCCAUCACCCACCUUUGUCCGCUUGCCAUGCCGAGUCUGAGAACUUUGCCUUUUGGCAAGACCAGCGAUGGAAGAAUAAGUUCUGGGGGAAGUCUGUGGAAAUUGUUUCGACAGGGAUGGUUAAUGUCACUUUACCUAACUACAGUGAUCAUUAUGAGUGGAAUAAAGUGGUGACAUGCAUCCACAACGUGUUUAGUCAGCAGAGAUGGCUCGAGCACUAUGGUGACGUCCACAUUCGCAACCUCAACAGUGACGAGUGCACCUGCAAGAUCACCUUCAUCAAAUCACGUUACUGGGGUGAAGAUAACAGUAAGAAUGAGGUGCAGGGUAGCGUCCUGGACCGCAGUGGCAGAGUCGUGCGUCGCUUUGGUGGAUCGUGGCAUGAGGGCAUUUUCUGUGACACGCUACCCAACCCACAAUGCAUCUGGAAGCCAAAUGUUCAACCAGAUGAUUACUUUGACUACUUUGGCUUCUCUCAGUAUGCCAGAGAGCUCAAUGAACUGACUCCUGAUAUAAAGGAUAAACUGCCCCCAACAGACACACGCUUCCGUCCAGACCAAAGACUACUUGAAGAGGGUAAAGUGGAAGAAGCUGAUAAACGUAAGGAUGAAAUAGAGGGAAAACAGCGAGAAAGACGUAAGGAACUGGCCAAGAAAGGACAGGAGCAUGUCCCACGGUUCUUUAAAAAAACCAUGGAUCAUGCUGGAAGAGAUGUGUGGGUGACAAACGGAACUUACUGGAAGAUUCGAGAGAGUCCAGGAUUUGAUAACACUGACAAUCUGGAUUUGUGGUGUUGAUGGGAUUGGUGAUGUCACAGUAUUCUGUUUUGAUUGAGAUUGACAUGUCACUUGUUUUAGUGUAUGUAUAUAGAUGUGGUUUAUGUAACUGGUGUGAAUUUUGUAAAUUACAAACCAAAGAGCUUAUCCACUGACAAUGAUGUUAUUCACAGACUAGUGCAUGAGUGCUGCUGGUGACUGUUAAUGGGGGUUUGGGGGUGUCCAUUGUGGAACGGUGGUGCCAUAAGGAAUGAAGGAAUAGAGUUUUGGGAGCAUGUUAUUCCAAACCAUGAUAUUCCUCAAGUCACACGUCUCUCCAUUUUACUGAUGUCAGUGAUUAGAAUAGUCAUUUAAUUGCGUUAAUGUGCAAAAUACUCUCUAGGUUGUCCAUAUUAUGUGUUAGGAAUCCGCUACAUGAAAAAUGAUUUUUUUUUUUUUUUUAAUCUGGACACAUUUUUAUGAAAAGAUCAACAGUUAGAAAGCCAGAAUACUAUAUUAAUUGUUAGCCUCAGACUGUAAUCGACUGUUGAAUGUUUACACUAAGGGGCAUGUAGUGAUUUCACUUACUCAUCAAUCUUAGUGGUUUAAUACAGAUGUUUUAAGUUUACUGUUUCAGUUGGACUCUGUGUAAAUAUUUCCUGUCCAUAGUGUUUGCUCUAAGUUAUUCAUUUUAAGAGCUGGAUUUAUUUCCUCUCAUUGAAUGCUAUCAGAUGAUCUCACCGCAUAAAGAACUUGAUACUUUCAUACUGAGUAAUGCCUCAGAUAGUUAAAACGAUGUAGUUGAAAUUAUGAAAAUUAGUUUUCUUUGGAGGUUUCAGCUAAACCUGCUGACAAAAGAGUUUUAUAUCUUGGUGAAAAGUAUAAUCUGUUUAUGUGCCUUUUCAUGUAUAAAUGCAUUUCUAAUCAGAUGAGACUUUAAUAAAUAUUAAAUUUAA